AUGUCAGUUCCAUUUGGUGUUGAUUUAGGUAACAACAGCACAGUUAUUGCUUGUGCCAAAAACAGAGGUAUUGAUAUCGUUGUCAAUGAAGUUUCCAACAGAGCCACUCCUUCUUUAGUUGGUUUUGGUCCAAAAAACAGAUACUUGGGUGAAGGUGCUAAGAAUCAACAAACUUCAAACAUCAAAAACACUGUUGAUAACUUGAAGAGAAUUGUUGGUUUACCAGCCGACCACCCAGAUUUCGAAAUUGAAAAGGAAUAUUUCACUAUCCCAUUAGUUAAAAAUGACAAGAACGGAAUCUCUGGUAAAGUUAGAUACUUGAACAAACAACAAGAAUUCAAUGCUACUCAAUUAUUUGCCAUGUACUUGAACAAAAUCAAGGACACUGCCCUUAAGGAAACCAAAGGUAACAUUACUGAUAUCUGUUUAUCUGUUCCAGGAUGGUACACUGAAAAACAACGUCGUGCUGCUGCUGAUGCUUGUAGAAUUGCAGGUUUGAACCCAGUUAGAAUUGUUAACGAAGUCACCGCUGCUGCUGUUGGUUACGGUGUUUUCAAAGCUGCUGACUUACCAGAAGAUGAAUACAAGAAAGUUGCUUUUGUUGAUGUUGGUCACUCUUCUUACCAAGUUGCCAUCGCUGCCGUUAAGAGAGGUGAAUUAAAAAUUUUGGGUGCCGCUUACGACAAACACUUUGGUGGUAGAAACUUUGAUUUUGCCAUUGCUGAACAUUUUGCUACUGAAUUCAAAUCUAAAUACAAGAUUGACAUUCACGAAAAUCCAAAGGCUUUCUACAGAGUUUUAACUGCUGCUGAAAAAUUGAAGAAAGUUUUGUCUGCCAACACUCAAGCUCCAUUCAACAUUGAAUCUGUUAUGAACGAUGUUGAUGUUUCUUCCUCUUUGACUAGAGAAGAAUUGGAAGACUUGGUUAAACCAUUGUUAUCCAGAAUCAAUGUUCCAAUUGAAAAUGCCUUGAAGGAUGCUGGUUUGAAACCUGAAGAUUUGGACUCCAUUGAAGUUAUUGGUGGUUCUUCUAGAAUUCCAGCUGUUAAAAACAGAAUUGCUGAAAUCUUUGGUAAACCAUUGUCAUUUACUUUGAACCAAGAUGAAGCCAUUGCUAAAGGUAAUGCUUAUAUUUGUGCUUGCCACUCCCCAACUGUUAGAGUUAGACCAUUCAAAUUCGAAGACUACAACCAAUACACUGUUUCUUACUUCUGGGAUAAAGAAGAAGAAGAUGAAGACCACUUGGAAGUUUUCCCUAAAGGAGGUUUGUUCCCAAGCACCAAGAUUAUCACCUUGUUCAGAAAAGGUCCAUCUUUUGAAAUUGAAGCCAGAUACACCAAACCAGAAGAAUUACCAAAGGGUACUGAAACUUUAAUUGGUAAAUGGAAGAUCAGUGGUGUUGUACCAAGCGAAGGUGAAGCUUCUAUUGCCACCAAGAUUAAAUUGAGAAACGACCCAUCUGGUUUCUACACCAUCGAAAGUGCUUACACUGUUGAAGAACAAAUUGUCAAGGAAUUGGUUGAACCAAAAGAAGGUGAAGAAGUUGAUGAAGAUGCCGAACCAGAAUACAGAGAAGUCAAGAAAUUGGUUAAGAAGGAUGAUUUGACUAUUGAAAGUGAAAAUGCUGCUUUACCAGAUGGUGAAUUGCAAAAAUUCAUUGAAGAAGAAGCUUCUAUGGUUAUGGCUGAUAAAUUAGUUUUCGACACUGAAGAAAAGAAGAAUCAAUUGGAAGAAUACAUUUACGAAUUGAGAGGUAAAUUGGAUGACCAAUACAAAGAUUUUGCUUCUGAUGAAGAAAAAGAAAAAUUGAGCAACUUGUUGAUGAAGACCGAAGAUUGGUUAUAUGAUGAAGGUGAAGACAGUACUAAAGGUAAAUACAUUGCUAAAUACGAAGAAUUGGCUUCUAUUGGUAACAUUAUCAGAGGUAGAUACUUGGCUAAAGAACAAGAAAAGAAAGAACAAUAUAGACAAAAACAAGAAGCUGCUCAAGCUGCUGCUAUGGCUGAAAAGAUGGCUGCUCAAAGAGAAGCCUCUAAAAAAGGUAAAGAUUCUGAAGGUGAUGUUGAAAUGAACUAA